AUGGCAACGACGUGGCAGCUCUCCAAAGAGAGCAUGUUUGUCGUAUCGGCCUUCCUGGUGUUGUUCAUGUCUGGCGGGCUCAUUCUGGGGUUCGGUCCCGUCUACUCCAUGUUUGUACGCGAUAAGCUCUGGACUAAGCUGUGUACAAAAGACGAGCAACAAAAUCGCAACAAGAACAGCGGCGUGUUGUGCGCUGCACAAGAAAUUCAGCUACAAUCGCUGUUUUCAACGGCUUUUUUGAGUCUCAGUGCGUCCAACGUCGUUUUUGGCGUGUUUCUCGAUGUCGUGGGGCCUCGUGGAACGAUUGUUUUGGGACUUUUACUUUCGACGUGUGGAAAUUUUGCACUUGCGUUCAGCAAUCUACAGGCAGAAGGGUCCGGUUCGUGGAUCAUAGCUGGAUACUCUUGUAUCGCGAUCGGUGGAAUGGGUGCCUAUCUGGCUGCGUUCCAGAUUUCACAAUUGUUCACAAGCCAAGGAGUGGUUUGCAGUACCCUUUCGAGCUUAUUCAAUUGCUCGGGGUUCGUGUACGUGUUACUGGGACUCGAUGGCGUGACGCGGACAGCCUUCUUUUGCGGUUACGGAAUUGUGGCAAGCGUAUGCACAGUUGCUGGUUAUUUGCUGUUUCCGACGGACAAUAUCAGGAAGCCGAGGGACUUUCUUGCGAUCCCUCUGCUGCACUUUGAAGUUCCCCGAAUCAAUACUCCUGCCGUUCUCGUAGACGGCAUGCAAGAAAUGCUACAACGGCAAGACUUGUGGCUUCUUGCACUACUUUUCGGCUGGGUAUCGCUCAUAUUUGCGUUCGUCGGCGGUGCGAUUCCGAGCUUGUUGGUCCAACUGGCUAGAGAUGACACCAGGGCCGCGUCAGUGUAUACAGAUAUCAUCUACCCCAUUGUCGUGAACAGCACCUUUUGCUAUUCACCCAUCAUCGGCUACGUCAUCGAUCACUAUGGAUUCAAAAUGGUCUUCGUGGCCUGCAUUGUCCUCGUCCAACUGCUGAUUGCGCUUCUUCUGGUGCCGUCGCUUCAAGUGCAGUUCGUCACGUUUAUCGUCUUUGCGAUGGCCCAAAGUUGUCUAUACGCACUGCAAUUUGCCUACAUCAUCAUGUGUUUUCCUGCCGAGAUCUACGGCACACUCCAAGCGUUCCUUGCAACGAUCUCGUUCUCUUUUGGGUUACUGAACUAUGUGGUCAAUCCGUGGACCCAGCGAUACCUUGACGGCGACUACACCGUCGUUCUUGUACUGCUGGGUCUCCCAACAUUUGUAUGCUACGCCUUUCUGCACGUGGUUCAAGACUGCGAGCAGCGUGAUGUGUCACAAAGGGCAAGAAGCGAGUCCGUUGGAGCAGAUCCGCUUCCCGAAGAAACGAUUAGGCUAUUGCAGGCGAAAUAA